AUGGCGUCGUGUGGACACCUCAAGAAACACCAGCAGAGACCCACAGGGAAGAAAUCUCACUGCUGCUCUGACUGUGGGAAGAGUUAUUCAAGAUCAGAUUCACUAAAACUACACCUAAGAAUUCACACAGGAGAGAAUUCUCACUGCUGCUCUGACUGUGGGAAGAGAUUCACCUCUUCAGCAGACCUUAAAAAACAUCUGAGAAUCCAUACAGGAGAGAAACCUUAUAGCUGUGAUCAAUGUGGGAAGAGUUUUACUCAUUCAAGUAAUCUGAAAGCACACCAGAGAAUACACACUGCAGAGAAACCUUAUAGCUGUGAUCAAUGUGGGAAGAGUUUUUCUAAAUCUAGCUAUCUGACUAUACACCAGAGAACACACACAGGAGAGAAACCUCACCACUGCUUUGACUGCGGAAAGAGUUACUCAAGAUCAGAUUCACUAAAAAUACACCAGAGAAUUCACACUGGAGAAAAACCUUACAGCUGUGAUCAGUGUGGGAAGAGUUUUAAUGAUACAAGUAGCCUGAAAACACACCAGAGAAUUCACACUGGAGAGAAACCUUAUGACUGUGAUCAGUGUGGGAAGAGUUUUAAUGAUACAAGUAGCCUGAAAACACACCAGAGAAUUCACACUGGAGAGAAACCUUAUGACUGUAAUCAGUGUGGGAAGAGUUUUAAUGAUACAAGUAGCCUGAAAACACACCAGAGAAUUCACACUGGAGAGAAACCUUAUGACUGUAAUCACUGCUCUGACUGUGGGAAGACCUUUUCACAAUCAUCUACAUUGCAAUCACACCAGAGAAUUCACACAGGAGAGAAACCUUAUAGCUGCUCUGACUGUGGGAAGACCUUUUCACAAUCAUCUACAUUGCAAUCACACCAGAGAAUUCACACAGGAGAGAAACCUUACAGCUGUGAUCAAUGUGGGAGGAGUUUUGUUACUUCUAACCAGCUGACUAUACACCAGCGAACACACACCGGAGAGAAACCUUACCACUGCUCUGACUGUGGAAAGAGAUACUCUGGUAAAAUAUCUCUGAUUAUACAUCAGAAAAUACAUACAUGAAGGAGUUGUUACAUGAUAUCAAUGAAAUAAUGUCACAAUGUGGAACCCUUAAAUGUUUGCCCCCUGUUCUAUUGAUUUCAGCGUGAUAUGGAUAUUAGCCUCGUCAGGGGAGUUGAAAAUGUACUAUUUAUGUGAUCAACAAAAUGUGAUUAACAAAAACUGGUGUUGCGUUACACUUACCGCGUUGCCGAUCCACUUGAAUCAAAAUGCAACACUUCAAAAUGUAGCUAGCUGUUUUUUUUAACAAAUUGUCGUGGUUUCAACAACUUUACAACAACUUCAUUUCAACGUACUUGCAGCCUAUAAACAUGGACGCAGUAUAAAAAAUUGGUAUAUGAACUGUUUUAUUAACAAUCUUACAUCACUCCAGUAUUUCUUUACAACAUUCAAGUGCUAAUUGUCUUUAUUCCACUACUGAAGAAGCAUGACUCAAAUCACCUACUCAUAUUUCAAACGUCCAGCCUAACAAAAUAUACCUUUUUAAUUAUUCCAUGCCUCACCAUUAAGUGAAUUAUUGCCAAUAGAUAUUAACAAAGGGGUGUACAUUCGAUUUUUAUAUUUAAUAUUUCAUAAUACUUAAAUGUAAUGUAACAUUUAGACAUCAUAAUUAUUUAUGCAACUAACUUACAAUUUCUGUACAAUUAUAUUGUUUACAAACAGUGUAGUAAAACCAGUUUAUAUUUUGGCCUGGAUAUUACAUCAUAUUCUUACUGUUUUAACCAAUGUUAUUUUCUUAGAUGCUCUUUAGUCUUUCAGCUUUUAUUGAUAUUCUUUAGUUUUUUAUCCACUUGUGUUUGUUGUCUAGUAA